AGAUCUGUAAUAAACGCAGUGUCACGGAUAAGGUUACUGAUGGUGAAGAACGGUUUACAGUUGUCCCAUGGCUAAGGAGGUGGCCAGGCAGCAGCAAGUUACAGUGGAAAGAAGUGACCAGCCUGGUGGGACAUACUGGUGGACUUCCUCAAAACAAUGGCAUUGCCUUUCGUACACAACUUCAGGAGAUGCACUGCCAGCUGAAUUUCCUCCCUGUAUAACAGCAGCACACUACAGAUCAGAAGUUUUAUGGUCUCCAUUGUAAGUCACCAGGAUGACCGCAUACCUACUGAAGGUGAUACUGAAAAUGACUUGGAAGCUGGAUCAGGAGCCACCAACCAUACUAGAUCAUUCAUACAUGACCAGCGAAUAGUGUCAGUACAAACAGCAAGAUACCUCACUAGUCCAUGGCUGACGCGUUUUGUUCCUUCAGUUUACACCAUAGUGCUUGUGCUGAGUCUCCCCCUGAACAUUACAGCAAUACUCGUGUUUCUGAAAAAAAUGAAAAUUGAAAAGCCAGCUGUGAUAUACAUGCUGAAUUUGGCACUUGCAGAUGUCCUGUUUGUAAGCGUGCUUCCUUUUAAGAUUGCUUAUCACUUUUCUGGAAAUGACUGGGCUUUUGGACCCAAAAUGUGCCGUUUCAUCACUGCUGCCUUUUACUGUAAUAUGUACUGUUCAAUAAUGCUUAUGACAAGCAUAAGCUUCGAUCGCUUCUUAGCAGUGGUGUAUCCCAUGCAGUCUCUUGGGUGGCGUACGUUAACACGUGCCUCACUGAUUUGUCUCAUCAUAUGGCUUGUAGCAAUAAGUGGGGUUAUACCUUUUCUCAUUAGAGAGCAAACAAUGGAAAUACCGAAGUUAAAUAUAACUACUUGCCACGAUGUGCUAAGAGAAUCUGAACUUCGUGGCUAUUACCUUCACUUCUUCUCCAUCUUCUCUUCUGUGUUUUUUGUAGUGCCAUUUAUAAUCUCUACUGUCUGUUAUGUGUGUAUCAUUCGAUGUCUUAGUUCCUCUACUCUUGUUACAAAACAAAACAAGAAGACACGUGCCUUGCUCUUGUGUGUGGCUGUUUUUUCUGUUUUUGUUAUUUGCUUCGGACCAACAAAUAUUCUCCUAUUAAUUCAUUAUGUCCAUUUUUCUUAUGACAACAGCUUAGAAUAUCUCUACUUUGCCUAUCUACUCUGUGUUUGUAUCAGCAGCAUUAGCUGUUGCAUUGACCCCUUCAUUUACUACUAUGCUUCUUCUCAGUAUCAGAGACAACUUUUCAGUCUCUUCAAUUGUAAAGAGACACUUGAUCCUAACAGUAGUAACAGCAGUGGCCAGUCAAUGUCUACCACUAGUAGAAGGGGUACGUGCUCUACUAAUGUGAACAACAGUGCCUACAAGAAAUUACUAGCAAUUCAUUGAGAAAACAUGUCUUACACAUGCUUAAUUUUUAGGCAAUUUCAGA